AGUCUCCGGCCGCUGGGUCCUCCGGCUCCCCCACCUCGCUCUAGCCCGCGGUGUGGGCGCGUCCCCAAGGCCUGGGUGCCCGGCGUGCUUCCUUGCCAAUCCCAAGCCGCCCGCGAGGACUGCUGAGGCCGCAGGAGUGGUUGGAAGAACAAUGCACAUGAAUCUUUGACAUCAUGAUGUACAUCCGGCAAAGAAAAGAGACAAAAACCAUAGAAGUUUCUGAGGAUUUUCCGUCACCAAAAGAAAAUGUGAAGUUGGAAAAGAAAUUGCCAUCUGGUGCUUCUGGAAGGUUCUGGAAGAUCCUGUCGCCUGUGGUUGGUGGAAUCGUGGCCCUUUGCAUUGGACUUCUCACAUCUGUCUACCUGGCCACCCUGCAUGAGAAUGACCUGUGGUUUUCCAAUAUUAAGGAAGUGGAGCGAGAAAUCUCCUUCAGGACGGAGUGUGGACUGUACUAUUCAUACUACAAGCAGAUGCUGCAAGCGCCGACCCUCCUGCAAGGUUUUCAUGGCUUAAUCUAUGACAAUAAAACUGAAUCCAUGAGGACAAUUAACCUCCUUCAACGAAUGAAUAUUUACCAAGAAGUUUUUCUCAGUGUUUUAUAUAGAGUUCUCCCCAUCCAGAAGUAUCUAGAACCUGUUUAUUUUUAUAUCUACACUCUCUUCGGGCUCCAAGCAGUCUAUGUCACAGCUCUGUAUAUAACCAGCUGGCUCCUUAGCGGCACCUGGCUGUCAGGACUGUUGGCAGCUCUCUGGUAUGUCACCAACAGAACAGAUACCACGAGAGUUGAGUUCACCAUCCCGCUGAGGGAGAACUGGGCUCUGCCUUUCUUUGCAAUUCAGAUCGCAUCAAUUACCUACUUCCUGAGACCAAACUUACAGCCUCUUUCUGAAAGGCUGACACUUCUUGCCAUUUUCAUAUCAACCUUUCUCUUCAGCCUGACAUGGCAAUUUAACCAGUUCAUGAUGCUGCUGCAGGCGCUGGUGCUCUUCAUCCUGGACUCCUUGGACAUGCUGCCAGCCGUGAAGGCCACCUGGCUGUACGGCAUACAGAUAAGCUGCUUGCUCCUCGUCUGUACACUUCAGUUCUUUAACGCCAUGAUUCUGGGAUCGUUGCUCAUCAGUUUUAACCUUUCAGUACUAAUUGUGAGAAAACUGCAGAAAAACCUAAAAACUGGGACCUUCCUGACUAGGAUUGGGAAACUCAUGUUGCAUUUACUCCUAGUUUUCUGUUUGACACUUCUUCUCAACAACAUUAUUAAGAGGAUUCUUAACCUGAAGUCGGACGAACACAUCUUUAAAUUUCUGAAGGCCAAAUUUGGGUUUGGAGCAACAAGGGAUUUCGAUGCCAAUCUCUAUCUGUGUGAAGAAGCCUUCGGGCUCCUGCCCCUCAACACGUUCCAGAGGCUGUCCGAGACGCUGCUCUUCUAUGCAUACAUGUUUGUCCUGUUUGUCACACUGACCACAGCAUCGGUUGUUGCCUUUCAUAAUCUCAGCGAUUCCUCGAGUCCGCAGUCCGUGGGUCAGACAAGAAAGUGUGCCGUUGACUUGAAACCAGAAGCUGCUUACAACUUGAUCCACACCCUUCUGUUUGGGGUCUUGGCGCUGAGUACGAUGAGGAUGAAGUACCUGUGGACCUCCCAUAUGUGUGUGUUCGCGUCUUUUGGCCUGUGCAGCUCUGAGAUCUGGGAAUUGCUUCUGAGGCUGGUUCAUCUCUGUAACCCCAAAAGGAUCUGGGUUAUGCGGUAUUUGGUGCCCAUGCUCACGCUGCUGUACCUGUGCUGUAAGUCCUGGCCAGGAAUGAUGGAUGAGCUCUCCGAGUUAAAAGAAUUCUAUGACCCAGAUACAGUGGAACUGAUGAACUGGAUUAGCUCUAACACACCAAGAAAGGCAGUGUUCGCUGGGAGCAUGCAGUUGCUGGCUGGAGUCAAGCUGUGCACGGGCCGGACCCUAACCAACCACCCACACUAUGAAGACAAAAGCCUGAGAGAGCGGACCCAAGCGGUCUAUCAGAUAUACGCCAAGAGGUCCCCAGAGGAAGUGCACUCGCUCCUGAGGUCCUUCGGCACCGACUUUGUCAUCCUAGAAGACAGCAUCUGCUAUGAACGCAGGCACCAGAGGGGCUGCCGGCUGCGCGACCUGCUGGAUGUCGCUAACGGACACGAGAUGGAUGGGCCAGGAGAGAGUGACCCCGACUUGAGACCUGCAGACCACCCUCGCUUCUGUGAGGAGAUUAAGAGGAACCCACCUUCCUACGCAGCUCACUUCACUAGAGUUUUCCAGAAUAAGACAUUCCAUGUCUACAAACUGUCCAGAAACAAGUAACUGUUCAUUCUUAAACCACAGUGCAUCUACAGCCGACUGAGACGGUGUCUGUGAGUCAGGAGCAGGGCGUCAAUGCUAAGAGUGGAACAGCUGCAGACAGCCCUGCCUUCAUCCAAACCCUUUUCCAUCCUGUCUGUCUUUUCCAUGAGUGUCCUUUAGUCUGUUUACCUGCCCAAGGCUGGUUGGAGAUUUUGCCACCAAAGGAAUCAUGUGUGGCCCACUGGUGGCCUGGAAAAUGAUGGCCCAUUUAAGAUCUGAAAUACUGGUGAUUUUCAGUGAACCCGAGCCAGUUAUGAAUGAGUGUAGUUGACAGGCUGCACGGCUCAGUUAUUGAUAAAUCUUCACCACUGAGACCAACCGGUGGCUUUUUAAAAGCUUAUUGUCCCGUCUCGUUAAAAUUUUAUAACACUUCCCAAUUUACCAUGAUUUCACGUGUGAAGAAACACAUCAUGUUAGGUCUUCAAAAUGUCACAUGUGUGGGAUAGACUGAGAGCAUGUAUGUGUUUUAAUUCUGGACACAGCAGUCAGGGUGCUCCUGGGCUAAGUGUGAUGGCACACUCAUUUAAUCCCAGCACUCGAAGCAGGAGCAGGCGGAUCUCUUGAGAGUUCAAGGCCAGCCUGGUCUAUACAGUGAGUUCUGGGCCAGCCUGGGCUCUGUAGAGAGACCCUGUCUCAAAGCAACAAAGCCACAGGUGCCAUUCUAGAGGUCUUAGAGGGGCAGAAGUGCAUGUAGCCAGGUAGCCUGUGCUACUGUUACAGGCUCAUUUUAAAACCCAUUUGUGCUAUUUAGUCUCUCUUGCAAGUAAAAUAGUAGUUUUGCUUCAUUUCUUACUCAUUUCAAUGUACUGGGUUUGCAAAACUUUGUAAACUUUUUGUGUUUUUAGCCUUUGUAUUUUUUCAUACCCUAGAAACUCGCAAGGUAUGGUGGGUUUUUUAGAUGCUGUAUCUUGACCCCUGAAAUUGAGUGUGGUGUUUUCAUACCCUUUGACCUGUGGUCUCCAGUCUUCCCUCUCGGCACCAGAGAUGCCACUUUCCUCCCUAAGAGGUGACCAAGUGCCUCCCAGCUGCGCUUUACUGUAAACAGCAGAGAGGGGUAGUAUACCUGCUCAGAGCUUUUUUGAUAAUUGCUUUUGUAAUUCAUUUCUAAUGGUGGGGGCAUGUAAAAGCUGCUGAUACAGGCAUAUUGUCCACUUAAUUAAAUCAAGAUAGCUAAUGAAAUUAACUUUCUCUCCUUCUCUUGCCAUUUGGAAGUGAUUUAAAUGUUUCUCCUCACGUGUUAGUGCAAUAAAUCCCCUUGAGCAUCGGGUCGGAGAGCAGCACGUGCUCCCGUGAUUUGCUGUUCGGUUACGAUUUAAGUAGCUUUCAAAACGGCACUUCAUUGUCUCAUCAGGCUCAGGGUUUUUAUGCAAAACUCAUUUAAAUUAGACAUCAACAGCUAGGUUUUUAAAUUGGGCCACUGGAACUUUGGAACCCUGCCUUUUCUGGACCCCUUAAUAAGGUUGGAGACCACUGCAAUUUGGGGUAAGCAGCAAGAAAACAUGUUCAUCAAUGCCAAAACUUUAAUGUAGCCAGCAAUGUCGCAUGCCUGACACAGCUGCCAGAGCUGGUGGUAGAACAUUCUGGGCCAGUGCCUUACUUGUAAGGGAAAGCAUGGACGGGUAAGGCACAAUGUAUCAAGACCCCGCCACUGUUGCUUAGUGGCUGAGUUUGCAUUUGUUUUAAACAUUCCUGAAUGUGUUUCACAGUCAGUGUUUGGCAUCUUGGUAUCCAAGAGCCAUGGACUUAACUUGGAUGCACACCCUUACCGUGGUGACAGUCACACUUUCUCCACAGCGCCAUUGCUGCCAGCCCGUUUUCCUAAACACUGAGAAGUGCCAAACCCAGUCUCCACACAGGCGCUCUGCCCGAGACACUGUGAUGUGUACAGGACAAGUUUUUACUCUUGGUGAGCAAAUCUUUCGACAAAUCAUGUUUGAUACUUUUAGCUCUGAUCAGGACGUUAGCUUGUGACCUCAUCAUCGAGCACACGGGAGGAAAGAGGGCCCACCCUUGGCUGUUGCCCCCAGCCAGCCAGGCAGGCUGAAGCUGGAACCCUGUAACCCUCACUCCUUGCUGUUGGGGCCCGGGAACUGUUACUUCUGGCUGAUAGCAUUGAGCUGUGGCUCUAGAGAGAGCAAGCACUAGGCUUCGCUGCUGAGUUCCAGGAAGAACCUCUAAGUACAACAGAACUUAAUUAACUCCACUCGGGACUCCCUGAGCCUCAGGGCUCCAGCCCUGUUGGAAGCCACCUGCUGCAAACCCGUGCCUGGCUCCAGUCAUAGUCCAACCCAGAUCUCUGGGUACACCUUCUGCUUCUGACCGUAAGUACAGAGCCCAAGCACAAGAGGGCUGGGGUGCCACUUGCCAGAGUGCUUGCCUGGCCUCGCUCAAAGCCCUAGGCUUGAUCACCAGCUAGCACUGCAGAAAAACAGACACACCGACUGUCAGACAGAUACUUUUGCAAAAAAAAAAAAUGUAAAUGGGAUACUUUGGUAAGGUCGGUUUCUCAUGAAAAUUGCUUUUAAAUGUGACACGCCUGGGUCUGGGGAGAUGAUUCAGUAGUGUAUGUGAGCUGUGCAGAAGACCCUUGUUCCAUUCCCAGCACCAUGUUAGCCAGCUCACAACUGCCGGUGACUCCGGCUCCUGGGGACCAGUGCCUUCUUCAGGCCUCAGCAGGCACCGCACUCACGUGCCCAUUCCCACACAGAGCCAGAGUUAAAAGGGAAGGGGAAGUAGUCUUUAGAAGUUAAAUGUGAUCAGGAAAGUUAUGAAGCAUAGGGGGAUAAAGGUGAAGGGCAUGAAUGGGCUUAGAACCCUCAUUGCCACGCCCAUCUUUCUAAUGUCUCGCUGGAAGCUGGGCAGGUGGCUCCAUGGUGGAGAACUUGCCUAACGCUGCAUGAGGUCCUGGGUUCUGUUCCCAGCACUGGCGGGAAAACGUUCUUCCCAAAUCCUGGGGUUGGUGUGAUUUAUGCCAGAAAGAACCGCAGGCAAGGACUCCCGUGAAACAAAAGCCUCUGGCUUCUCAUCAGAAUAUCAGCGAGUGAACGUGCUGCUGUCCACCACUGGUGACAGCUCCCCCAUUAUCCAUUAGACAGACAGUUAUUGCUGCCAUGGCCGACAGACAGAGGUCUGGCUAGUAACCAGGACAGCCGCCCCACCGCUUGAUUUCCGGUGUGUUAGCCGAGCAUAACAACAGCGCCACUAAAGAUACGAAGGUAUUCCCCCAAAAUGCAGCUCAUCUUUAGCCAAAGUGUACUUGAAACAUUGGUUUUAAAUCUCAGCUGGGGGCUAGAGGAAGAGCAUGAAGUGUUCUGGGAUCCUGUCUGUCUUAUCAAACAUCUACCGCUGCUCCAGCCAUGGCAGCCUGUGACUGUGGGUCUGCUGUCAGGUCGGGGCAGCGGCUGACCUUCCGGUGUGUGGCACGUGCUGGGGAAAAGCUUAGAAAGAGCGUUUCUAAUUUGUUGUACUGAAUUGUAUGGAGAUUAUAUACUAAAUAAAGCUCUUUUCAAUGA